ACUUAUUGUGAGUCUCGUCUUUCCGCAUGUAAAAUGUGGCUAAAGGCUCUAUCGGAAAGCUUUUGAAAAGAUGAAACACUCCUCACUCCGCCGUACUCAGACCUAGGCUCCGCACCUGAUGGUGGGUGACCUCGUGACGUUUCCGCGCCCAGAGAGCGCGAGGCGGAGAGCAGCCCCGAGCGGACCCGUACCGCCACCAUACCCUCAGCCUCUUCGAACUAUCAAGGGCACCGCGGCCGCCAUCUCACCAACGUCACCAUCUCAUUUCUCUGCGUCGCCCAGCAGCUAGCUCCACGACCAGACCCUCACCUCAUGCUCUGGUGCAGCUCGGAAAUGGGUCGCCGGCGGGUGGGCGGGCCCUCGAUGACACCAUCAAUGUUCGCCGCCGAGGGGCGAGCGUCAUCAGAUCACGUCGAUUCCUCCUUUCUUCCCAGCCCUGGUGAGGUACGGGAACCCGGAAGGGCUGGGACCAUAGCUCCGCCUUUGGCGCGACUACCCGACGGGAGGGCUGGGGUAGUAGCUUGUAGAUGGACUGGGUAGUCGGCCAGUGAGCGGCAUGGAGGCGCCCUGGGGGAUCGUGGACGCUGAGCCCGGCUGGUUUGUCUCUGCCAGGCAGCCCGAAGAGGCGGAGGCGGAAGAGUUGAGCCCGUUGCUUAGCAACGAACUUCACAGACAGGGAUCCCCAGGUGUUUCAUUUGGUUUCUCAGUGUUUAAUUUGAUGAAUACCAUCAUAGGAAGUGGCAUCCUUGGCUUAGCUUAUGUUAUGGCUCAUACUGGUAUCCUUGGAUUUAGUUUCUUGCUGCUGAUAGUCGCUCUCCUGGCUUCUUACUCAGUUCAUCUCCUGCUUAGUUUGUGUAUUCAGACAGCUGUGAUAUCUUAUGAAGAUCUUGGACUCUUUGCAUUUGGAUUACCUGGAAAGGUGGUGGCAGCAGGCACCAUAAUAAUUCAUAAUAUUGGAGCUAUGUCAUCUUAUCUUUUAAUUAUUAAAACAGAGCUUCCUGCUGCUAUUUCAGAAUUUUUGUCUGGAGACCAUAGUGGGUCUUGGUAUCUUGAUGGAGAAACACUGCUAAUAAUCAUCUGUGUUGCCAUUGUGUUCCCUCUUGCACUUCUUCCUAAGAUAGGCUUUCUUGGCUACACAAGUAGUUUAUCAUUUUUCUUUAUGGUGUUCUUUGCUCUUGUGAUAAUAAUCAAAAAAUGGUCCAUCCCUUGUCCUCUGACAUUAAAUUCUGUAGAGCAAUACUUCCACAUUUCAAAUGCUACAGAUGCUUGUAAACCAAAGCUCUUUCAUUUCUCCAAAGAGAGUGCUUAUGCCAUACCAACCAUGGCUUUUUCAUUUCUCUGCCACACCUCAAUAUUGCCCAUAUACUGUGAACUUCAAAGACCUUCUAAGAAAAGGAUGCAGAAUGUAACCAAUACAGCAAUUGCUUUAAGUUUUCUCAUUUAUUUUAUAUCUGCACUCUUUGGGUACCUCACUUUUUAUGACAGUGUGGCGUCAGAAUUACUACAAGGUUAUAGUAAAUACUUGCCACAUGAUGUUGUCGUCAUGACUGUGAAGUUAUGCAUACUAUUUGCUGUGCUUUUGACAGUCCCUCUAAUCCACUUCCCUGCAAGGAAAGCUUUAAUGAUGAUGUUUUUCUCCAAUUUUCCAUUCUCAUGGAUUCGCCAUUCUUUGAUCGCUAUAGCUCUCAGUAUUAUCAUUGUUUUACUUGCGAUAUAUGUUCCUGACAUUAGGAAUGUACUUGGUGUAGUUGGUUCCAGUACAUCAACAUGUUUGAUUUUUGUGUUCCCGGGACUGUUUUAUCUUAAACUGAGCAGAGAGGAUUUUCUCUCAUGGAAAUGUUUGGGGUAGGCGUUUGUUUUGCUCAUCUUUGGUAUUUUGGUUGGUAAUUUUAGUUUAGCACUCAUUAUUUUUAAUUGGAUUAAUAAGUGA